CCAUCCCCAGCUGUCGUGCAGGGCAGCAGGUGGCGAGGAGGUCGUCUCGUCGCGGACAGCCGAGGCCGUUGACCUCUCCAGCUGCUGGACGCAACACGGCAACGCGCAAACGCCUCUCCUCUGUGCGUACCGGACUACCGGUACCGCGCGUUCAGUUUCCACUUCCACCCGCGUCGUCCGUCUCUCUCCGCUCAGCUUGAGGUGUCCGGAUCACGGCGGUUGCAACCUGCAGCCGCACCAGCAAGCCGCUGCUCCCUCUCCUAACCGGCCGCUGCAGCUGCCAUGUGGGAGUAGAAGUGCCAGCCAGCAUUGAUUUCUUCCAACCGCCUCGAUGCGAUCGCUCACCAUUCCCUCCUUGUACCGCCAUGGCAGACCAGCCGGAGGAGAUGCCGGCGGCGCCGGCCAUCCGCCUGGGGCCUCCGCACCCGUACCUGAAGACCCACGGGGGCAAGGUCGCGAGGCUGCACCGGCUGGACUGGGCCGUGCUGCUGCUCAUCGCCGCCGCCGACGUCGGGCUCAACCUCGUCGAGCCGUUCCACCGCUUCGUCGGCGAGGACAUGCUCGCGGACCUCCGGUACCCGCUGAAGAGCAACACCGUGCCCGUCUGGGCCGUGCCGGUGUACGCGGUGAUCGGCCCGAUCGUCGUGUUCGUCGGGUUAUACCUGAAGCGGAGGAACGUGUACGACAUGCACCACGCCAUUCUAGGCCUUCUCUUCUCCGUGCUCAUCACCGGCGUCCUCACCGACGCCAUCAAGGACGGCGUUGGCCGGCCGCGCCCCAACUUCUUCUGGCGCUGCUUCCCUGACGGAGUGCCGAAGUACGACAACAUCACAAGAGGAGUCCUGUGCGACGGCGUCGCGAGCGUGAUCAAAGAAGGGCACAAGAGCUUCCCAAGCGGCCAUUCUUCGUGGUCCUUCGCUGGCCUAGGCUUCCUGUCGUGGUACCUGGCGGGCAAGGUCAAGGCGUUCGACCGGCGCGGCCACGUGGCCAAGCUCUGCGUCGUGCUCCUGCCGCUGCUGCUCGCGGCCAUGGUGGCGGUGUCGCGGGUGGACGACUACUGGCACCACUGGCAGGACGUGUUUGCCGGUGGGAUUCUUGGGUUGGUGGUUGCGUCUUUCUGCUACCUUCAGUUUUUCCCACCGCCAUCUGGUGAACAAGGAUUCUGGCCCCAUGCGUACUCCGAGCACAUUCUCAACCCUGAGCGCGAGGGCCAAGCGCAGUCAACAGCGAGCUCCAACCACCACCGACGCCUGUCCAGCAGAGGCCACGUGGCAGUGGAGAUGAGCACCGCGACCGCGAGCCAGGAAGCAUCGUCGUUAGGUCCCAUGGAGGAGAUGGAGGAAGGACGCGGUGCCCGGUGAUGGAUCAGAACGCUGCAUGCAUGCCGCCCGUUACGAACAGCGCGCGCUAGCUGCAGCUUCAGUCUUCAAAGUCGCUUCGUUUCCUUCAUUCCUUUCUUUUUCUUUUUUCUCUCUCUUCUUUUUGCUCGCUUGGUUGAUAGAUGUGAUGGUCUAUCUAAUAGUAAGGUGCUGUUUGUUGUGUCGGUCCUGCUGUAAAUUAGAGGUAUAGGUAGGUAGGUGAACCAUGCAUGUUUCAUAUGUUUGAUGCAGUACGAUGAUGAUUAGC